AUGGAUACCGGUCCAAAACAGAGACGGCAAAUUAAUCCCCGUUACACAGCGAACUGGUUAUCGGCCCUUACUUUUGGAUGGACCCUAGAAACGUUCAAACUAGGGUAUAGCCGUGAUAUAAAAGAAGAAGAUCUCUACGCGCCUCUUCCAGAACAUCGAUCGGAUAUUUUAGGCGACACGCUACAGUCCGCGUGGGAACAAGAGGUAGAAAAUAUUUCAUUGCACAGUGAUGGACGCAAGCCGAGUCUAAUGAAAGUACUUUUAAAAGUCUACGGCACAGAGCUCAUGUUGUAUGGUCUAAUACUAGCUGCAAUGGAGUUCCUGAUAAGAUUACAGCAACCAUUAUUUCUGGGAUUACUGCUUCGCUACUACAGUCCAACUCAAGAAUUGUAUAAUGGCACAGCUAAUUCUACAUAUCUUUCGCGACUAUUUAAUUAUUAUGACAUGUCAAGUGGCAUUGCUUGGGGUGAAGCAGUCUUUUUCUGCUUUGGUGUAAUUUUUUGUAGUAUGGUUAAUGUUAUGGUCCAACAUCCUUUUAUGAUGGGAGUCAUGCAUAUUGGUAUGAAAAUGCGUGUUGCUGUCUGUAGUCUGAUAUUUAGAAAGGCUUUGAAAGUAAAUCUUCAGGCAAUGUCUGAUAACCGAGGAGGACUAAUAGUCAAUUUAAUGGCAAACGAUGUCAAUCGGUUUGAUACGGGUCCUCUUUUCGUGCAUUAUCUUUGGAUUGGUCCUAUAGAGACUUUGUUAAUGACAGUUUAUUUAUAUCGAGAGAUGGGAACGCCUGCAGUUUAUGGAGCUUUAAUUAUUAUAGCUGUUGUACCUUUUCAAAUAUUCUUAGGUACUCGAACGGCUUACUAUAGAAGAAAAACAGCGUUGAAAUCUGAUGAAAGGGUAAGACUGAUGGAAGAAAUUGUUAUGGGUAUUGAAGUCAUAAAAAUGUACACAUGGGAACAGCCAUUUCGAAAAAUCAUUGAUAUCGUUCGAAGACAGGAAGUGUUCUAUAUUAAAAUGACUUCCUAUAUACGAGGUGUGAUAAUGUCAUUCAUCAUGUUCACGUCACGAUUCAGUAUUUUUAUCACCGUUUUACUAUACGUGAUUUAUGUGAAUAGAAUCACGGUUGAGAAUGUAUUCUUUCUCACGUGUUAUUAUAAUAUUUUAAAACAGACUAUGACACUUUUCUUUCCACAAGCCGUCGGUCAAAUUGCUGAAAUGAAUGUAGCGGUACAGAGAAUUAAUGAUUUCUUACUCAUUGAAGAAUGCCACCUAAGGCCAAGAGUCCAAUUAAUAGACUUAAAAAUGCUUCAAAAUAAGCCAAAGAAACGAGUUACAAUACCACCAAAUCCCGUUGUUCAACCUGUGAAGCAUUAUCCGCCCAAUGAACCUAGCACAUCUACACGCACGUUGAAAUUUCAAGACAAAAAUAAAGAUAUAAGAAAAGAGCAAUUAGCUAUAAUAUUUGACGACGCCUGCAGCCGUUGGAUGAAAACAUCAGACAAGAACGACGUUUUAGAUACAAAUUUGAAGAUAUAUACUGGAUCAUUAACAACUAUAAUUGGAGCAGUAGGUUCAGGCAAAUCAACAUUGCUUCAUAUGAUGCUUGGUGAAUUGCCUCUGCUAUCUGGCAGCAUGGACAUUACUGGUGUCGUUAGUUAUGCUAGUCAAGAUCCUUGGCUUUUCGUUGGUUCAGUUCGCCAAAACAUCCUCUUUGGUCAACCUUUUGUAAGGACACGAUACAUGGAGGUAUGCAAGGUUUGCGCUCUAGAAAGAGAUAUCUCAUUGUUCCCUCAUGGUGACAAAACCGUUGUUGGCGAACGAGGCGUUUCGCUCAGCGGGGGACAAAGAGCUCGGAUUAACUUAGCAAGAGCAGUUUAUAAAGAGGCUGAUAUUUAUUUAUUAGAUGAUCCUCUAUCAGCAGUAGAUACUCAGGUUGCAAGACACAUUUUUGAAAACUGUAUUAAAAGAUAUUUGGAAAACAAAACAGUUGUUCUAGUUACCCAUCAACUUCAGUUCAUUAAAUCUGUUGAUCAAAUCGUUGUUAUGGACAAGGGAAGAAUUCUUGCUGAUGGCAAUUAUGAAGACCUAAGUAAACGCGAUCUACCAAUAUUACAAGUGAUGCAAGACAAAUCUCACGAAGUACGAAAAGAAAUCGCUGCGUCACCAAGCAAACUAACUCAACCCUCUAGUGGUGUCAGCUUAAAACGUUCACACUGGUCUCAUUGGUCGAUGAUUUUCGAGGCUACGGAUCAAAAGCAAGAAACAGAAAAACAAACGAUCGGAAGGGUACAGGGAUCCGUCUACAAGGAAUAUUUUUUCGCAGACUCUGCUUGUCCCUUUGUCUCUUUUGUUUUAUUCAUGUUUGUCUUGGCACAAUUUUGUGCGAGCUCCAGUGAUUAUUGGAUAAGUCGAUGGAGUCACGCUGAAGAUCAUUUGACUGGCGACCAAACUAUGGAUAAUAUGUUGUGGUCACAAUACGGAUUGAGAAGAAAAGAUUUCGCACUAGUUUUUGGUUUACUUACUAUUGCAACAGUGGUCUUUGCCUUAAUACGAGCCUUCCUGUUCUUCUCACUAUGCAUGAAAUCGUCAAUAAAGCUACAUGACUUAAUGUUCGAGUGCAUAUCUCUUUCGCCCAUGAGUUUUUUUCAUUCAAAUCCUUCUGGAAGAGUACUGAAUCGGUUCAGUAAAGAUAUGGGUUCUGUUGAUGAGUUACUGCCACAAGCAAUGCUAGAUUGUGUUCAGAUAAUGUUAAACUUAACUGGCGUAAUCGCAGUCAUAUUGAUGACAGAAGCUGCUUUACUCAUACCAAUUGUUACAUCACUCAUUAUAUUUUACAUAUUCCGCUUAAUUUACGUUCGAACGACGGGUGCCAUAAAACGUCUAGAAGGAAUAACACGUAGCCCAGUCUUCGGACAUGUUAAUGCAACUAUAUUGGGUUUACCCACAAUUCGAUCGUUCGGAGCAGAAUUACUUCUUGCUCAAGAAUUUGACCGUCAUCAAGAUCUACACAGCGCAGCGUGGUACCUAUUCAUCUCUUGCAGUCGUGCUUUUGGAUACUUUCUUGAUCUUAUUUGUCUGUUAUUCAUUAUAUGCGUUACAUUCACCUGCCUAAUGAAAAGUGAUAUCGAUGGUAGUAACGUUGGGCUCAUUAUCACCCAAUCUAUUUCACUAACUGGUAUAUUUCAAUGGGGCAUGCGUCAAUCUGCCGAAAUGGAGAAUCAGAUGACAAGUGUUGAAAGAGUUCUAGAAUAUACUAAAUUGACACAAGAAUCUGAAUUAUCUAGUUCUCCAGAUAAAAAGCCACCAAUUGGUUGGCCUACUGAAGGUGGAAUACAUUUUAACGAGCUAAGCUUGAAAUAUACCCUUGAUGGAACAAAUGUUCUUAACAAACUGCAAUUUAACAUAUUACCACGAGAAAAGAUUGGUAUUGUUGGAAGAACUGGAGCAGGAAAAUCUUCAAUUAUACAAGCUUUGUUUCGAUUGGCUUACCUUGAAGGAAUUAUUACGAUUGACGGUGUAGAUAUAACGUCUAUUGGGCUUAAAUAUUUACGACAGAAAAUAUCUAUUAUCCCACAGGAACCUGUCCUAUUUAGCGGUACACUUAGAAAAAAUCUCGAUCCUUUUGAUGAAUAUCCUGACGAUUUAUUAGUUAAUGCUUUAAAAAAAGUAGAGCUUUUAUCAGAAGAGGAGAGUUUAGAAACUUUAUAUAAACAAGUUUCGGACUCUGGAUCCAACUUUAGCGUGGGUGAACGUCAACUUGUUUGUCUUGCAAGAGCUAUCGUUAACAACGACAAGAUACUUUUGUUGGACGAAGCUACGGCUAACGUGGACGCACAGACUGACGCUCUAAUACAAACAACAAUUAGGGAACACUUCAAAAAUUGUACAGUGCUUACUGUAGCGCACAGACUACAUACAGUUAUUGACUCUGAUAAGAUCCUUGUUCUCGACGCCGGUCAUCUGAUGGAGUUCGACCAUCCGCACAUACUUUUACAAAAUAAAAAGGGUUACUUUAGGAAAAUGGUCGCUGAGACCGGUUUCUCUAUGGCACAGAUAUUGCAUAAACUUGCAGCUGAAAAUUAUAAGAAAAUGAAACAAGACGAAUAGUAUUAAUAUAAUUUUAUUUCAAUACAAUGUCUUUUAUAGCUUAUAUCUCUAAAUAUAUUUAAUGUUUACAUUUUUAAAAUAAAUUAACGAAUUAAA